GAGACUGCAGCAGCAGCAGCAGAUCAGUGUUUUGUAGGCUGACUGCAGGACGAAGCCUGGGACACAGCACCCUGUCCUUGGAGCCAUGAGUGCCGGUUACGACCCCUACUUCUCCUCCUCCUGCUACAAGCGCUGGUAUGUGGAGAGCACCCCGCGGGCUCCUGCUCGGAGUCGCUCCCGUACCGUCUAUGCCAGCCACACAUCUCCGCUCUCCUCUGCCCGGCUGCACUAUGCCUCCCCUGGCCGCGCCACCUCCUCCUCGAUGCUGCUAAGCAGCCCGGCCCACUCUGUGGAGUUGGACCUGUGCCAGGCUGCCCAGGUCAGCUCAGAGUUUAGAACCGUGCGUACCCAGGAGAAGGCCCAGCUGCAGGAGCUCAAUGAUCGCUUUGCAGGUUUCAUCGAGCGAGUCCAUGAUCUAGAGCAGCAGAACCGUGCCUUAGAGGCCGAGCUGCUGCUUCUCCGUCAAAGGCAUGGAGAACCAUCUCGCCUCAGGGCCCUCUACGAGCAAGAGGCCCGAACCCUAAGGGCCGCAGUGGACGAGGCACGCCUGGAGAAGCAGGCCGCGCUCAGCCAGAGGGAUCACAUGGAGGAAACCCUGAGAGCACUGCAGGGUCACUAUGAGAAGGAGGUCCUGGCCCGUGAAGAUGCAGAGGGAAAAUUGUUGGAGGCCCGAAAGGAAGCGGACGAGGGUGCGUUGUCCCAGGUCGAGCUGGAGAAGAGGGUCAACACCCUUCUGGAUGAGUUAGCCUUCCUUAAGAAGGUCCAUGAGAGUGAGAUCUCAGAGCUUCAGGCGCAGGUCCAGUAUGGGGCACAGAUUGCAGUGGAGACUGAGACGACCAAGCCUGACCUUUCCACCGCCCUGCGGGACAUCCGGGCUCAGUACGAAAGACUGGCAGCCAGGAACAUGCAGGCUGCUGAAGAUUGGUUCAGGGGAAAAGUGGGGCAUCUAACAGAGACCGUGGCCCACCACAGCGAAGCGGUGAGGAACUCAAGGGAUGAAGCAGGCGAAUACCGGCGCCAGCUGCAGGCCUGUGUCCUGGAGAUUGAUGCCUGCAAAAGCCUUAACGACUCUUUGGAGAAACAGCUGAGAGAAGUGGAGGACAAGCAGAGUGCAGAGAUUGCUGCCAUGCAGGACACAAUCAGUGAGCUAGAAAACGAACUAAGAGCCACUAAAGGUGAGAUGGCCAGGUACCUUAAAGAGUACCAGGAUCUCCUCAAUGUCAAGAUGGCCCUUGACAUUGAAAUAGCUGCAUACAGGAAACUCCUAGAGGGUGAGGAAUCACGCUUCAAUGUGGGUGUGGCAGGAAGUUUGGCCAGUGCCUACUCUUUUGGCCCAGCCUACACACGGCCCAUGUUCACUCUGCAGUCCACUUUGAGCGCUGGCGCCCCCUAUCUGCUCAGCUCUCGCGUGAUCAGCUCCACUCUGUCAGCAGAGCCAACAAAGGAGGAAGAAGCAGAGGAAGAAGAAGAAAAGGAGGAGGAAGAAAAGGAAGAAGAGGAAAAGGAGGAGGAAGAAAAGGGUGAGGAGGAGGAAAAGGAGGAAGAGGAGGAAGGAAAGGAGGAAGAAGAGGAGAAAGGAGAAGAAGGUGAAGAAGAAGCUGCAGCUGAGGCUGCAGAGGAAGAAAAAGAGGAGGGAGGUGAAGAGGAGGAGGGGGCUAAAGAGGGCGAGGAGGAGGAAGGAGCAGAGAAAGAAGGAGCUGAGGAGGAGGAGGAGGGUGGUGAGAAAGAGGGAGAGGAGGAAGAGGGAGAGAAGGAUGAGGAGAAGGGAGAUGAUAAGGAGGAGGCUGAGACAGACAAGGCUGAUACCGAGGCAGCAGCAAAACCAGAGAAGGAUGACGCCGAAGAAGCCAAAGAGGAGUCGAAGGCCGAGCCAGAGGCAGCUAAAGAGAAGGAGAAGAAGGAAGAGUCAGAGAAAGCCAAACCCAAAGAGAAGGCCGAGGCCGAAAAACCAAAAUCAAAAGAUGAAGGGGAUAAAGCCAAAGCUGAGACGAAGGAAAGUGCCAAACCAGAACAGGAAAAGAAGAAGGAAGAAGAAAAGCCCAAAGAAAAAAAGUAAAUUCUAUGAUUUAGGGCAGAAUAGAAACUUUAACAUGCACUUAUUUACUCUUGGCUAAGUGCAAAAUGCAAUAAUAUAAUAAUGAUGUCUGGGAACAGAUUCAGCUAUACUUGCUCUGUAAGCAGACUGUAAGUUAUGCAUCAUACGAAUGAGUGAACGACUAUUGAAUGUCAUAUGUUGUUAUUUUCUGCUCAUACAGUCUGAAUAAAUGUGGAAACUUGCUGCAAGUGCAAUAAUAAAUGCCUCUGAAGACUCA